AGGGAAGAAACAUAUGAUAAAACACACCACGCUGCUGACAGCAAAACAGAAACACAGAUUCUUAUCUCACACACAUCCUUGACAGAAAUGCGUCUCCCUGAGAAGGUGGACUUGAAUUUGUCCGACGCGUCAACACUUUUACUACUGGCAGGGACACCAAACUGUAUGUUUUGGAUACGAGGAGCGCACAGAGUUUGACACCUGAGGAGUCCCAGAACAUCGGACAGCAUGUCAUCCAACUCCACGGCUGAUAAUCUGUGUGCGCCGGACGACAACCUCUGCAUUGUAAGGGAGUAUGAGCAGGCGGUGAUCAUCGUCCCGACGCUGCUCCUGCUGGCCAGCCUGGUCACCUUACUGGCCCUGUGCUUACUGAGGUACUGUCCUGAACGGAAGCGGGCACGGACCACAUCCCCUCAACGCUACCACAGCUCAUCGCACAGACACACACGACAACGCAGCCACAGACAUCACAUACAGGGCAUCGACGCACCCCCAGGGAUAAACCCACUGGAACACGAAGAGCUGCCGAUGUCAGUUCAACCAGUGCGGCAGAAUGUCAGGCCGACUCUGGCUGCAGUGCGACAGACGUCCACCGAGAGGCAUCACGGAGCCUUCAGCCAGGUCACUCUUCUGCCACUGACAUUCUCUGUGAAGCCUAACGACACCAUCAGCCUCUACAGAGCCCGCAUGGACAACAGGGACGUCAUCCUAAAGGUGCUGAAAGAAACAGCAAACAGCAGUGAGAGGCAGCACUUUCUGGGUUUUGCUUCCUUCGUGUCGGGACUUGGGCCCCACCCUUUCCUACCUGCACUGUUGGGUGUGGUUUCAGUGCAGCCGCCGCUCAUGAUGGUGGUGGAGGAACUGCAGCACAGAGACCUGUUGGGGUUCCUGUGGAGAUGUCGACAGGAUAACUUGGGUUUGGAGACUUCAUGUGACAUGACUGAGAAGAGGAUCUUCACCAUGGCAGGACAAGUGGCCUCUGCUCUGGAGUACCUGCACAGUCAGGGUUGCAUCCAUGGCAACGUGGGAGCUCGCAGUGUUCUGGUUGGUGGAGAUCUGACAGCGAAGCUGUGGGGUUUGGGCUCAGCACACCGCAGGAGAGUACACGCCACUUCACCGGGGGAGGCAGAGGACAUGGAGAUGAGGAAGUGGCAGGCACCUGAAGUGCUGGCCAGGAGAGGAAUCAGUCAGAGCAGUGAUGUAUGGUCUUUCGGUAUCCUGCUCUAUGAGAUGGUCACACUGGGUGACCCACCGUUUGCUCAGAUCAUGGCGACUGAACUUCUGCAGUAUCUACAAAGAGGAAAGCAGCUCAAACGGCCUGCCAACUGCUCCAACACACUGUACUCCAUCAUCAGGUCUUGCUGCCAUUGGAACGCACACGAACGCCUUUCAAUGUCGGAGCUAAUCGGAAAACUUCAGGCCGGAGAGAAAUCAGCCAAUGGUAGGACAGUUCUCAGAGUGCCCGAGCCACUGGACAUCGGGAAAUACCUGAGGGAGGCGGGAUAUGGAGAGGCAUACAACUAUGCUGUGCUCUGAUUGGCUGAUGAUGCCAUCAGUCAGGACUGCAUUGGCGCUGUUGUUGCCGCCCUUCGGCCAGAUUUGUUUUCCAUGAAGGACCACGGACAGCUACAGAAUGAGGGAUCCGUUAAUGUACGGGGCUUCUCAGAGGCAUUAGGACGCUGGGGUGUGCUGUGAAAGGGCAGAACACUGCUCUGCAGCGCUGGACCUUCCCUAUCGACCAUUAAAUGGUGAACGCUGACUCUUUCUUCUGCACCUGCACGCUUCACCUGCAGCUGCAUGGUGUCAGACAUACAGUAUAUUCAAAUGCGUACUGAACCUCUUGAUGAUCCGUGUUGGCAUCAAAUGACUCCAACCAAAAAGUCAGACAGAAUAAAAAAAGAGUUCUUUUUGGGAGGUGAACUGUUCAGUCUUUACCAGAGAAAAUAUUGAGUCCUUUCUGAAUCCUACUUCAAUCUUUCUGAGUUGCAGUGGUCAACUAAAUGCACCGUUUGUCACUUUUGUCACCAUUUUGUUAGCUCUCGGCCUUCUCACUUCAACUCGCAAUUUCAGUUUAAAGCCUCGUGUCGCAGCAUUUAUUUGUAUUUCCUUCAACUCACCAGAACUCGUUGUUGUUACCUCUCACACGCCAAGUUUGACAUGCAAAUAUAAAAUCAAAACACUGUAAAACAAGAAAUCAUCUGUUAGUCAGUUCGGUUGCAUGUCAGAAAAAAACGACACAGACGCCUCAGUUUUAAAACAGCUCCUUGAUUAUUUAUUUGCAUGAUAGCGUUAGCCUCUCCAUUUCAAACCCAGUCCCAAGCCAAGCCAAGAUUUUUUUUGUUUGUUUACUACAAGCAAACACAUUUUGAUUCUGGAGUAGCUUUUUCUUUUUUCUUUUUUUUAAAAAGGCUUCACUUAAUAGCAAUGAUUUAAUGAACAAAGUCGCAGCAGUCUGCUUUUUAACAAAGGUGAGUCCGGCAAUCACUGCAGAAGUGCAGCGAUUUGAUGCAAAAACUGUGGCUCACGUCACUUAUAAUGCAUGGUUUUUUGGUCUUCACAAUAAUCCUUCACUCCAGAAUCCUGGGGAGACUAUGACAUAUAAACACACAGCUAUCAAAGAUUAUUAUCCUUGAAAGAAAAUACUGUAAUUGCCACAGUCACUAACAAUAAAGCCAAAGAUAGCUAGAAGGGUAAAUACUGCGAGAAGUUCCACACUAUGUGACAAAGCUAUGAGGAAGACAGCAAGUUUCUUUGAUCGAAGUCGCUACUACUCAGUCACGCUGUUUGGGAAAGGCAUUGCUCGAAAUAACAGUUGUAAAAAAGUAAGCACUAAUAUAAAACAAGGAAUGAUAUGAAAAGCAGUUAAAAAACAGACAGUCCUCAUCUAAACCUAUUGUAGAGACUAGUAAGAAAGGCCACAAGGUUCACAGAGAGAUAACAUGAGAAAACUCCUACGGUAAAAAGCUUAAACAAGGCAGUCCAGCAAACAAAUGUGCAUUUAAAUAUAAAGGCAAGUUUUACACUUAUUACAGCAUACUCUCAGGUUUCCUCAUUCACACGCUCAUCCAUCCACAUAGGUCCAACAUGUGGCCGCCAGCCCGUUUCUCCUCACGGGCUUUCAGGUUUUGUUCAUGAAUGAAGCUUCAAGAUGCUUCAAACCAACAGCUUAUUGUGACAUUUUGCCUUCAACUUUCAUUCUUCAUCUGCUUCAGUAUUUCUUUUAAACUUCAUGUAACUUCACAAAAUCAAGCCCCUGACGUUGUACCCUUCACUCAUUCACAUGCUUGAUCAGGAGCAGCUGGUGGUAACAUUGGAAAAAAAGGGGCAACUUUGAAAAUUGCCCGAUGGAACAAAACACUCAGCAUUUUGCAGAUUUUAAUCUUUUAAAGAGUAAAGUCAACAGUCUGUUAAAAAACUUUGAAAGUAUCUCCUCAAGACACUGAGUGAAAACGGUUUUGGAAAAGCAUUUUGCAGUAGUGUCUUAAUAACUGUUGACGCACUCUUCAUGUAAAAAUAUGGUAGAAAUGUGAGAAAAUUAUAUGCCAUAUCAGUAUUUUUGCGGUAUUUCUUGCCUCACUUGAAGUGUGAAACACUCUCUGGGUUUGUCCCUGCAGUCUGUACCCUGUACUUUAACUGUACCCUGUUAACUGUAGAGCCACUUUCAAAUUAAAGGUACCUCCAUUUAAAAAUGAUGAGGCCUAUUCUUAGAAAAUGAUCAUAAUCUUGAAAACAGGAAUUUCUCUUUUGCAUAAAUAACAUUACAGUUAUAAAUGAAAAUAAAACUUACAUUUUGUCAAAAUGAAA